GCAUAACGAAAACUGCUUUUAAAAACCAAUAAUCUGACCGAAAAUGAUCCAGAUGAAAUCCGAGAAUGCUGAUAAGCAGCAAAUAACGAUGAAUAAAGCUGAGGGAGUAGUCGAUAGCGUAAGUAAUGGAACAACGAAUUCAACGGCGGCAUCAGGAAGAAAAAAACGUUCUGCAGAGCAAUCAAUCAAAACAUCGUCUCGUAAGCGCCGCAAAGGAUCUACCAACAAUCAGCAGGAUCCACAACCAAAAAAUGCAGUCGCUAUACUAAACGAGUUGAAGAAAAAUCUAGUGUAUGAGCUUGAGUCACAAGAAGGACCUUAUCAUGCACCUGUAUUUACCAUGUCUGUUUUGGUCGAUGGACAAAAAUACAUUGGACAGGGAAAGUCAAAGAAGCUCGCACGAAUCGACGCAGCAACGUGUGCAUUGAGAGAUUUCAUUCAGUUUAAAGACCAACAAAUAAAGAAUGGUGUGAUUGGAAUGAUGUGCGGACGAGUUGUGCAGCAAGCUGCCAAUACAAAUAAUGCUUUAAAUAACAAUUAUGAUUAUGAUUUCACAAGCGACGAUCAUAUUGAAAAUACCGGUAUAUUGAAUUCCAAUAACUCAAACAUUAAAAAAGAUAAUGACACAGUCAAUUCAAUUAUUAAUAAUAAUAAUAAUAAUAAUCAAAACCACACACUAGAGGAUGAAAAUUUAGUUAAAAAAAUUCAACAAAGUUUAGAAUGUUUCAAAAAAUCCAAAACAGAAAACAUUGCAUGGGUCAAUCGACUUCAAAAAAUCACUAAAUCGAUAGUAACAGCGAAUAGUCAGAAUAAAAUAACAACCGAAAAAGGACCAGUAAUGCUCCUUUAUGAGUUAUUUACGGAUAUCACUUUUAAUUGUACUCAGACAGUCGGGCCACAGCAUGCUAAAUUCAAGACUAUUGUUACUGUUAAUGGAUGCCAACAAUUUGAAGGAACUGGUCCAUCAAAGAAGCUAUCGAAGAAUGCAGCAGCGAAAGCCGCUCUUGCCUCACUGUGCAAUAUAUCCUUCAGUCCUCUUAAUCAGAAAGGAAUUUUGUUGCCAGGAAGCAACGUUAAUGGAGAUUCCAACGACAGUAUGAGUAAUGAUGGCAAAAGUAAUCACAAUAAUGUUGAAUUGCCUCAAACAUUUGCUGAUGUUAUUGGACGACUGGUAUCGUCGAAGUACGAAGAGUUGAUGAUUGGAAAUGAAGUUUAUGCUCGUCGUAAGGUUUUGGCUGGUAUCGUUUUAACCAUUGGCAGUGAUAUUAAGACAGCUAGAGUUAUAUCUGUCACAACUGGCACAAAAUGCAUUAGUGGAGAAUACAUUAGCGAACAUGGACUUGCUGUAAAUGACUCGCACGCAGAAAUCGUCGCUCGAAGAUGCUUCAUGACAUUUGUUUACGAUCAACUCGAAUUACAUACAAAACCUGAAAUGGCCAAAGAUUCUGUUUUCGAAAAGCCAUUAGAUGGCAAUUAUUUAUACCGAUUGAAAGACAAUAUACAAGUUCACUUAUAUAUAAAUACAGCACCAUGUGGCGACGCGAGGGUUUUUUCGCCCCACGAAAAUGAUCAAGCUCUUGAUAAACAUCCAAACAGGAAGGCACGUGGACAAUUGCGAACGAAAGUUGAGUCGGGUGAAGGCACAAUUCCCGUAAAAAAUUGUGAUUCAAUUCAAUGCUGGGAUGGAAUAUUGAAUGUAAAUUUGGAACUAAAUUUUUUAUCAUUCAGUACAUAAACAACACAAGAAAAAAUUAAUUUCUAAUGAUUUAAAUUCACUUGUUCUAUUCCAAAUGAAUUAGGGUCAACGUCUUCUGACAAUGUCAUGUUCAGAUAAAAUUGCACGAUGGAAUGUAUUGGGAUUGCAGGGUGCUUUACUCUCGUCUAUCGUACAACCUAUUUAUCUGCAUAGCAUUGUUUUGGGAUCUUUGCUUCAUCCGAAUCACAUGUACAGAGCAAUUGCUGGACGAUUAGAGAAAUCUAUCAAGGGAUUACCACCGCCUUAUCGUUUAAAUAUUCCAAAAUUAGCACUUGUUACUUCUUCUGAGGCUCGUUGCCAAUUAAAACCCCCAAAUUAUAGCAUUAAUUGGACCAUUGGACAAAGUCAGAUUGAAAUAAUUAACUCGUUUACGGGAAAGACGGUGUGCAACAAAUACAGCCGGCUCACAAAACAAAACAUGUUUCAUCGUUUUUCACGAAUUGUUAGUCAAUUGCCAAAUGUUUCAAAUCGUUCAAUUUGUAAAGACUAUGGAGAUGAAAAAGGAUUAGUUUAUGAUUAUCAGCAAGCAAAACGCGAACUGAUCGCAGCAUUUCAACGAGAAGAGUUGGGUAAUUGGUUGAAAAAGCCAAUUGAACAAGAUCAAUUUCCAUUGAUCUUAAACGAGAAAUGACUAAUUUUUAUCGAUAAUUUGCACAUUCUUGUUACUUAUCUCUUCUUUAUGAUCUUGAGCAACAAAAAAAUCCGAAACUUUAACAACAUCAACUACAAAAACAACAACAACAACCAAAUUAUUGUUAAUAAGCACAAUAAGAAUUUUACGAUUUUUAUUAGACAUUUUCUUUCCUCUUUAAUGCUCUUAACAAAAACAAGUAAUUGUAACAAUAAUGAUGAUGAUACUUAUACUUCUCGCAUAAAAUUAGCUUUAUCAAGUUAUUUAUUAGAAUAGAUUAAAAUGCAAAAAAAAUGUGAAGCAAAAAUUUUCAGUGUACAUCAACGUUGAUUGUAUCACAGUGGCCUAGAGUUCGAGUCUCUAAAGUUAAAAAAAUGAAAAAGGGAAAAAAAUUUGUUGUUAUUAUGUAGUUUGAAAGAAAAAAGGAUGACGCGUGGGUCGGGUUGGAUGAUUGGAUGAAAAAAAUACUAACAAAUGUGAUUCUUUAAGUGCGUAUUUUAGGAAUCUUUACUUAAAAACUUUAACGAUGAAUACACGAAGAUGGCAAUUUUUAGCUGUUAAUAUUUUUCCAUUUUUCAUUAUGUUUUUCAUGAUACUUGACUUUACUAAUAUUAAAUUAAAAAACCAAAAAAAAAAAGUAUCGUUGAUAGUAGAUAGAUGAUAGCAAUAAUGUGUAUAGCGAUAUUAUUAUUAUUAAAAAUGAUGAAAACUUCUUUUGUUUUGACUUUUUGGAACAAAAAAAAAAAAUGUGCAAAAUCAAAAUUUGUCAAUUUUUGAAUAUAGAAGAAAAAAAAAAUUAAUAAUGAAUUCAAAUUGAAUUAAAGGUUUUCUGUGAUACAAUUAAUAAACAGAUGACGAGGAUAAAAAAGAAGAUAUUUGAAACCUGAAAAAGACAGCUUCCAUUAUUAGACUUUAGGAUUAUAAAAUGAAGUAAAAAAAAAAACUUUUAAUCUCUCCAUAUAAACCAAUAUUAUAAAAUUUUUGAAAUUUACAAUUUUUAUGAAUUUUAAUCCAUUCUUUAAAUAAUUUUAAAAAGCUAUAAUAUUUUAUGCUCCGUAUAAACAAUAGAAAAUUACAUUUAAAAACAAUUAAAUUCUUACAUUACAUCUUAUAAAGUGUAUUCAACAUAGAUCUCUUUCUCUCUUUCUAUAUUAUAUUAUAUUAUAUCAUAAAAAAAAUAUUUUUUAGUUCCUUAUUUCUUAGCGAAUUUCAUUCGUGAAGAUUCAUUCAAUAUUUUUGUAAUUUCUCAUUACGUUUUAUUUUUAAUAAUUUUUUAUGUCAUAAUUUAUGUUGUAUUCAUUAAGUUCCAAUGGGUGCGAUUAAGCUGAUGCAGCUUUAUCCUGAACUAGCUUAGUUAUUGAAAACAUUAAAGGAUUCGGAACUUGAUCAAGCUUUAAAGCUCAUUUCCAACAGUAUUUCUUAAAGCUAAUUUGAUUCUCGGAUCAUGUUCGAACUGUUCUAGCUGCUGAUGUGACGAACAACUCUGCUGAUGUGACUUUAAUAGUUCAUUAGAGGAACGUGGCAUAUUGAAUGUUUGGAGCAACACUAAGGGGCAGUUCAUUUAUAACGUCUGUCAUAAAACAUGAUUUUAAGACCCCCUUCCUUCUCUGUCACAAACCUGUCACAGAUGUCAAUCUCCUCUGUAUUUCAUAAUUGAGGAUAUCUUUAGUCUAAAGCUAGAUCUCAUGAACAGCUUGAAUUUAAGUCUUGAUGAAAUAAAAUUAAUCUCAAACAGCACUCAUUGGAACAAACCAAGUGAAACUUUAUUCCCCGUACUUUUGUAUAUUUUUGCACUACCUCGUUAAAAAUCAGUUUAAGUUCUGAAUUGAUUUUGAAUCGCAUGAUGUAUUAAUAUGUACAAAUCCUAAAUAUAAUUUAUGCAACAUAUGCUUUAUUUUCUUAUGUGAGGAUUUAAAAAUCCUCAUGACUUACAACCCUCGAAUUGAGAAUUUAUAAAAAUUUUGAAUGACUUUAUGAAAUUUCAUAGUAAUUUAUUUAAGAAUUAUGAAUUUAAGAAAACGAAAAAAAUUUUAUCAACAAUUUUACAAAAAAAAAAAGUCUAGAGAAAAUUUUUCUGAUGGAAAAUUUGAUAGUUCCUUUAUUGAUCAUAAAAACUUAAAGUAAUACUUACAAUUUUAUCUCUUUUUAAGAAGUAAAAGUGGCCCUACCGAGAUAUUAUCACUAUAAUCAAAUGAAUUCCUUAAUUACUCAGAAAAAAAAGUAAUAAUUAAUUAGCUUCGACUUGUGGUAAGAUGAGUUUGUGAUGUAAUUUACUUUUCGGUUAAGAUACUCAAAUUAGAAUUGAUUUUUAACGGAUGUAUUGGAUUUAAAUAAAUAACGGUUUAUUUUGAUUUGAAAUAAUCUAGUUCAUCAAGAUUGUUUGAAAUAAUCUAGUUCAUCAAAAUUGUGUCUUGGCUUAAAUAAACUUUUUCAAAUAAUUCCGUUAAAAAUGGGUUUCAAAGUCCAAGUUUGAAUCUGGUACACUAGAUAUUUAAACAUAGACAUAAAUCUAGUACUUUUUAUUUAAAAAGACAUGGUCCUGACCAGAUUUUCAAGGAUAUUCAAAUAGGCAAAAACAGCUCAUAGCAUACUAAAGUAUCUACAAACCAUAAAUUGUUCAAAAGACCAGAUUGAUAUUAUAAAACCUUAAAAAGAAAUAAGUUACAAAAGAUUUAAUGCUCAAAUCUUAAAUUUGUGUUAAUAAGUUUGUGUCGUGGUUUUCCUUUCUAAUAUUAAGUUUAAACCAUUUUGACUGAAAAAAAAUUAAAUUUUGUGAUUCUAUAAUCUAGUCAUUUUUGUGUCAUAAUUUAAAUGAUUCUAAAACCAAAAAUUCUGACCAUAAAGUUCAUAAGUAAAAUUUAACUAAAUUAUUUUAAAUUUAUUAACCAGUCACAAGCAUAUUAACAGAUUAAACGAACUCAAUUUGUAGCUACGAGCAGCUCUCCAUCAAACUCAUUUAAACAAGUCGAUAUUACUUAAAUAAAGGAGAAACAAAAAAGAUUCUUUAGAUUAGUAAAUUUUACUAUAUUUAACUUUUUCUCUCUUCUAUCUUUCACAUGCAUUUAUCCCCCCUAUAAUCAAAGUUUAAUAAUGAGAAAAUCAAAGAUGAAAUAAUAAAAAAAACCUACUUUUUGCUCAAAUAGUCAUUUUGCGAAUUGUAGAAUGAUGAAAUGUAAAAUUCUCGAAAUAAUAAAUAAAAAAAUUUCUCUUUUCUCAGACAAAAAAAUACGAAUAAAAUAAAACUUAAAAAAAUGAAGAUCUAAAGAAAUUUUUUGAAAAAUUUCAAACAUAAUUUGUUGUUUGAUAUAAAAAAUGAAAUUAAUUAAAUAAAAAAAUUUUAACUUUUGAUGACGAUAAAAAAUAUAUAGAAAGAUCAUAAAAAAAAGUUGUUCACAAAUGAUGUUUAUUAAAAAUUAGAAUCCUAGUUCUAAUCAAAUUUUGUCAUAAGUGGCAGUUUAUUUUCAAAUUUUUAGAUCCUAACCUCCGUACUACUAAUUCACUCCUAUGUGACACCAAAUUUAAGUUCAAAAAUUUUGAAAUCCGUUAAAAUCAAUUUAAUUUUUUUGCUGAUUUGUUGAACGAAAAUUUUCAGUCAACAAACCCUAAAACUCUACAUCACAGCCUUCAAUUUCUUCCCAAGAGAUAGACGGCAUUUGUGAACAACUCAAUUAAGAAAACUAAUCGUUUAAUGAUUCUCAAAAUUGUACUAAUUAUAAAAAAAUUAUAAUUUCAUGGAAAUUUCGGUAAUGUUCUUGUAGUUCGAAGGCAUUUAGUCAAGAAUAGAACAAAUCUCUUCCACGAAAUCGUAGCGCUCAACUAAUACAAUUUUUAAAAUCAUUGAAAUUGACAAGAAUGAGGAAAAAAACACAAAAUUAGGUUUCAGGUUGUGAUAGCGUUACACUUAAAUGAUAUGUAUGAACAUAAAAAAAGCGUUAAACGAUUUUAAAAAACCUAAGACAAAAAAAAAAUAAUUAAAUAAAUUAAAAUUAAGAAUGGAAUCUCAUUGGCGAUGUCCUUAGAAACUUUUUUGAAUGACUUAAAUGAAACCUGUUUUUUUGAAUUGGACUUUUUAAAAAAAAGGAUUGGAAAAUCGCUUUAUUCUUCAUUAGAAGAAAUGGAAGUGAACUUUAUUGACGAAUAAUUAUUUGCACUUAUGUAUUAUGUCUUCAGAAUUUUAUUAAAUGAAAAAAUGAUGAAACGUACAUGAAAAAAAUUUAAGGAUUAAUAAAUUUAAAAGAUGAAG